ACUACCCGAACUUGCAAAUAACUUUUCAAACAAUUUAGCUGCGCUUUCCAAGUCAUCACUCGCAAAAACUGACACCGAGCGGUUUGUUUUAGGGGUGGCGUAAAACGGAUAAUUGAAGAACCAGAUGUAUAACGUUGCAUAUCCUAUGUUUCACAGGAAGAUGAACUUUUCUGCAACGCUAUAAAUUGGACAAUGUUGCGCCAGACCGGGGGACACAGCGCCGUUGUUUUGAACUUGACAUUGCUUUAAUGACACUUCAUAUAAGAAAACGUCAUUCAAGUCAGUUUUAGGCCCCCUUUUAUGAUUUUAUACCGCGGAUGCAAAACACGUCGUCAUGACAAAGGAAACUCUCUGGACCGUGGCAAUCACGGCAACGUUUUUCUUCUGUUUAUGUUUUUCAACCCUUAAAGCAGAAACCCCUUCUUGUCACGGAGCCUAUGACCUUUACUUUGUUUUGGACCGAUCUGGGAGUGUUUCGACCGACUGGGAUCAGAUCUAUGACUUUGUCAAAAAUCUAACAGAGAGAUUUGUGAGUCCAAAUAUGCGCGUGUCCUUCAUAGUGUUUUCAUCGAAAGCAGAGAUUGUGUUAAAGCUCACUGGAGACAGGGCAAAAAUAAAUGAAGGUCUGAAGUAUUUAAAUGCUGUCAAACCAGCAGGAGAAACCUACAUGCAUGAAGGAAUUAAACAGGCAACUGCACAAAUGAAAGAACAGCUCAAAAAGUCCUCUAGUAUCAUUGUGGCUUUGACUGAUGGAAAGCUUGAACCAUAUAUCCAUAAACUCACUAAGGAUGAGGCUGAUGAAGCAAGGACGUUUGGGGCUCGUGUGUACUGUGUCGGCGUAAAGGACUUUGAUGAAGAACAGCUUGCCGAUGUGGCUGAUACCAGGGAGCAAGUGUUCCCAGUCAAAGGAGGCUUUCAAGCUCUCAAAGGCAUUGUGAACUCGAUCCUCAAGCAAUCAUGCACAGAGAUCCUAACAGUGGAGCCGUCCAGCGUCUGUGUGAACCAGUCCUUUGACAUUGUUUUGAGAGGGAAUGGGUUCACAUUGGGCAGACAAACAGAAGGAGUGGUCUGCAGUUUCAUAGUGGAUGGAGCUACUAACAAGGUGAAGCCAAGCAAGGUGAAGAAUGACUAUGUCCUGUGUCCUGCUCCAGUGCUGUAUUCAGUGGGACAACAAAUGGAGGUUCUGAUCAGUUUGAACAGUGGCACAUCGUAUAUCUCCAGUACUUUCACCAUCACUGCCUCCACAUGUUCGGACGGCACAGUGGUGGCCAUUGUGUUCUUGGUGCUCUUUGCCCUGUUGGCUUUGGCUCUGAUGUGGUGGUUCUGGCCUCUCUGCUGCACUAUUGUUAUUAAAGACCCACCCCCUCAAAGACCUCCUCCACCUCCACCUCCCCCUGAUGACAGGAAAGGUUUUGAUGUCAUCACAGCUGUUUUUGAGCAUUUUGCAGUUGUCUGCCACCUCCACACUUUCUCUCAGGAGUGUUGA